ACAUCAUGUUACAAAUAUUGGUUGAAUAUAUGUUUUCUGCUGAAGCUUUAUCAUCAUCAUUCUUCAUAUGCCAUUGUAGGUGAUCAUGACACCGGUGAUAAAGCAGCCUUGUUUGAGGAGAGGCAGCAGCGCACUCAGAUCCUCCAGGAGCAGGAGGAGAUCAUAGAGGACGAUCUAGCUUUAAUAAGAGAGAGAGAAGAACGUAUACACCAGCUAGAGGCGGACAUAUUGGAUGUGAAUGAAAUAUUCCGAGAGCUGGGAGCUUUAGUUUCAGCUCAGGGAGAAGUUUUGGACACCAUUGACAGCAACAUAGAGCGUGCAGCGGUACAAGUGGAUGCUGGCAGAGAGCAGUUGGUCAAAGCAGCGGACUACCAGCGCAAGUCCAGGAAGAAGAUGUGCUGUAUCGUCGUCAUUCUGCUGGUUGUUGCCAUCAUCAUCACCAUCAUUAUUGUUGUUGCUGUGAAGGCCUGA